CCCUUCCACCAGCCCAGUAUGGGAUUUAGUGACAAUUGUAGCAAAAUGAGUGAUCUGAAUCUACUGCCCAAGAAACACACCAAUUUCAGCAUUGAGCGUAUCCUGCUCAAACAAACUGCCAGCUCCUCUGCCGACGGUGGUGGCUCAUCCACAACAGCCUUGUCCCAUUCGCCCCGACCCCAUCUCGAUCUGAUCGAGCAGAAAGUGGACCUGACAGUUAAGACGUGUCUUAAAAUUGUUCAAUCGGCCACCGACCGAACGACCGCAGGCUCAACUUCCGCCUGUACGGUGACCUCGAAGAAUGUUGCUGUCCCGCUGGACCCUUCCGGCACCGGAACUCGGCUGAUGUCCCCAGCAUCUCAGGCACUGCUACUUGCCGGACCCCAUCGACCACUGAACCGCGUUCUGGACAACCCGUGGUGCUCUCGGGGACCGCUCAUGUUUGACCCGAAACUCAUCAGUACUGGGCCCACAGCUAGCUUUGGUGCGACCAGUAUCAAGCCGGCGUCAUCCCUCGCUGCCGUCGGCGAUCCCGGUAGUCCCGCUGGAUUGCUCUCCACCACACCACCGUCCCCCGCCUCCUCCUCAUCACCGUCGUCACUCAUCAAAGCGGAAGUCGAGAGAAAAGUGGUGCUAAGCGCGUAUGCUAAUAAUAGUGUAAUUGAACGAAACAGAUUAUCUAUCAAUUAUCCUUAUCCGGUCGGACUGUUCAAUGCGUACGCGUCGGCAGCGGCUGUUGCAGCUGCAGCCGCCACCGUAUCAUCGGUUCACCACUACCAGCAUCAUAAUCAACAGCGAGUGACCCCGUCAACACCGAUCGGUACCCCAACCGAUGCCCUCCUUACUGCAAGUGCCGCAACGACAUCGAUCGUCUCGAUGCAGCAACAACACCAGCAGCAUAAUCAACAUCAUCCCCGUUCUGCAGGUUUGUCCGCUGCUGCCCUAUUGGCCGGUACAGGUACAACUCCACUCGCCGCUAGUGCCGCACUAUUUAGCAGCUUCUAUCAGCUGCAGAAAAGCGAUGAAAACCAGAACAGCAUCUACGAUCAGGCUAGUGCGGAGGAUGACGGUGCGUCGGACGGUGGCACGACGGUUACCUCCGGGGACGGGGGUAAGGACUCGAAAACGGAUUUGCUCCACGCGCACCAUCUGCAUCAUCAUCAUCAUCACCUUCACCAUCAUCAUCAUGAGCCGGGUACCGCCGGAACUGCUGGUGGUGGUACACUUUGUUCGCUCAUGUUUCCCGAAUGCUCAUAUCAGUGUGCGAUUUGUGACAAAAUUUUCGGCAACCAGGAUACGCUGAUGACACACGAAAAGAGUCACAAAACACCCCGCUUUGAAUGUGAAGAGUGUGGCAAAGGAUUCUCUCAGCUUCGCAACUACAAAUAUCAUGUGUCGGUGCACCGCGGGACGAAGGAAUUUGCCGCCAAAUGCCCGGAGUGUGGAAAAAUGUUCAACGAUAAGGGUUACCUAAGCAGCCAUCUAAAGAUCCAUCGGAACAAAAAGGAAUACUCAUGCCCGCACUGUCCAAAAUCGUUCAAUCAGCGGGUGGCAUUUAAUAUGCACGUUCGCAUACACACAGGUGUUAAACCACACAAGUGCAAUGAAUGUGGGAAACGUUUUUCACGAAAAAUGCUUCUCAAACAACAUCUGCGCACCCACUCAGGAGAGAAACCUUAUCAGUGUUCCGUUUGUGGGAAAAGCUUUGCCGAUAGAAGCAAUAUGACGCUGCAUCAUCGGUUGCACUCCGGCAUCAAACCGUUUGCGUGUCCUAUCUGCCCAAAGGCGUUCACCAAAAAGCAUCAUCUCAAGACGCAUCUCAACUAUCACACAGGCUACAAACCGUACAAGUGUCCCCAUCCAAACUGUGGACAAAGUUUCACUCAAUCAAGCAACAUGCGGACACACGCCAAGAAGUGUCAGUUUAAGCCACCGGAUUCCGAAUUUGUGUAA